CUUCGGUCAACUCGCUUCAAGCAAAGAUGAAGAAUAUUAUCCUGGCCUUAAUUGUUUUUCUGAAAUAAUUUAAUCUUCGGUCAACUCGCUUCAAGCAAAGAUGAAGAAUAUUAUCCUGGCCUUAAUUGUUUUUCUGAGCGUGGCUGCUACGGUACACGCCGAAUGUGACGUCAAACGUGCCGAGUUUUGCCGAAAUGAACUCAUGGUCGGGGCAUCGGCCGAUGAACAGAAUAACUUGAUGUUAUGCAUCUUACACCUCAAGUUCAAAUCUUGCAUUAGCCUCGCCGAUUGCAACAAUGAUGCUGUCUAUGGACAACUCAGAGUCGAAGUCGUGAACGAUAUUAACAUGUUGUGUAACAGCGACGGGGUCAUGAUGGUUGCUUCAAUCGCGACCAUGCUUCUCGCUGUCCUCGCUAUGUUCUUCAUGUAAAGAACUUUCAGAGCCCGGCAAUACUAAUGAAGUCACCUAUUCUUUGAGAUGACCAGCCGCGCCUGUUGACAGCUUUAAGAGAUUUGUUUUUCUACAAUAUUAAAGUCUUCUUCUUACUAAACUCUAUAUUUGUAUUCUUCUUAAAUAAAGAAAAUAA